UGAGCUAUAGGUGAAUCGUGGUAGACAUGUUCUAAGCAGUUGAGGAAGGCGGGCCCUUAGAUUUCGAAAUCAAGAUCUCAUUCAACCUGCAAAUUUUCUAUCGCUUUUUCUUCAGCACGGCAGCAUAACUACAUGUACGAGUACAGUAACCAAUGUGUUAAUCACUAAAAUAUAGAGUACGUGGCAGAAAAUAACUCCAGUGGUCCAAGAAAAUCGCAAAUUUCUACAAUGCCACAUCCAUCAACUCGUCGGGAAGGUCCCACAAAGAUACGACUUACGGUGUUAUGUGCAAAGAACAUUUCCAAGAAAGACUUUUUCCGAUUACCGGACCCUUUUGCCAAGAUCGUUGUGGAUGGCUCAGGGCAGUGCCACUCGACCGAUUACUACAAGGGGACCUUAGACCCAAAGUGGAACCAACAUUAUGACUUAUUUAUAGGUAAAAAUGACAGCAUAACCAUCAGCGUGUGGAACCAUCGGAAGAUCCACAAGAAGCAAGGGGCUGGGUUUCUCGGCUGCAUCAAGAUUCUAUCCCACGCCAUCCAGAGACUUAAAGAUACCGGAUACCAAAGAUUGGAUCUCUGCAAACAGACCCCUGAUGACAAUGAUAACAUACGGGGCCAAAUCGUCAUCAGCAUCACGUCUAGAGACAGGGGUCUGGGUACGGGAAGCAGCGCCGUGGUGGACUCGAGGAGUAUCGCACCACCUCUACCACCGGCAGACCCCAAUGAACUCCCAGAUGGAUGGGAGGAGAGAACGUCAACGUCGGGUAGAGUGUACUUUGUAAAUCACAUCACUAGAGCAACACAAUGGGAACGACCAACAAGACCUGCCUCGGAAUGUGCCGGCUCCAGCAGACCGAAUCGCAACAGUCCUCCGCUCUCAGGGUCAGAGGUCAACGGGCGUGGCCGGCCCGUCUCGUUAUCCAGACGGCAGGAGAGCAGCAGCAUCCCAAGUAACAACCUGCUGUGUAGACGGCAGUCCUCCAGGUUACGGAACUACAUGAACAGGUCCACGUUGCACCAGUGCAGGGAACUUCCCGAGGGCUAUGAGCAAAGGACGACGGCGCAAGGCCAGGUGUACUUCCUGCACUCGCAGACCGGAAUCAGCACGUGGCACGAUCCGCGAUUACCCCGAGACUUCACGGUUAACGAGGCGGAUCUUGGGACCAUGCCGCCGGGCUGGGAGGUCCGGCACACCCCGACAGCAAGGGUCUACUAUGUAGACCACAACAGCAGAACCACGCAAUUCACAGACCCCAGACUAGACGCCAAUAUAAUUAACCGGGCGCUCAACAAGCCCAAUAACGGAAAUCCUGAGACGACGCAAGCGCCAAAGUACACCAGAGACGUUGUGCAGAAACUGAAGGUACUACAUGCAGAACUCUCCUCACUACAACCCCAGACAGGACACUGUAGAUUAGAAGUGUCUAGAGAAAACAUCUUUGAGGAAUCGUACCGGCAAGUCAUGAAGAUGAAACCCAGGGACCUCCGGAAGCGACUGAUGAUCAAAUUCAAGUCGGAGGAAGGUCUGGACUACGGUGGUAUCGCCAGGGAGUGGCUGUACCUCCUAUCCCACGAGAUGCUCAACCCGUACUAUGGUCUCUUCCAGUACUCCAGGGAUGAUAUCUACACGCUACAAAUCAACCCAGACUCAGGAAUUAACCCGGAACAUUUGUCCUAUUUCCACUUUGUGGGGCGUAUUAUCGGCAUGGCCAUCUUCCAUGGCCACUACAUCGAUGGAGGCUUCACGAUGCCCUUCUACAAGCAACUCCUAGGCAAGCCCGUCAGCUUGGAAGACAUGGAAUGCGUGGACCCUGAGGUAUACAGGAGUCUAGUCUGGAUGCUGGAAAACGACAUCACGGACGUGAUUGAGAAUACAUUCGCCGUGGAGCAUUAUAGCUUCGGCCAGAUGCAGACUCACGACCUGAAACCCAACGGCAAGAACAUCCCGGUCACAGAGGAGAACAAGAAGGAGUAUGUCAAAUUGUUUGUCCAGUGGCGAUUCCUGCGUGGCAUCGAGCCACAGUUCCUAGCCUUACAGAAAGGCGCCAAUGAGCUCAUCCCGCAACACCUGCUCAAGCCGUUUGAUGAGAGGGAACUAGAGUUAUUAAUCAACGGCCUGGGCAAGAUAGACCUAGAGGACUGGAAGAGCAACACGAGGCUGAAGCAGUGCAACCAAGAGAGCGACAUAGUGGUCUGGUUCUGGAAAGCCAUCAAGACGUUUGACGAGGAGAAGAGAGCGAGAUUACUGCAGUUUGUGACGGGGACCUCCAAGGUGCCUCUACAGGGCUUCAAGGCCUUGCAAGGUUCCACCGGUGCCCCGGGUCCCCGACUCUUCACCAUCCAUCAGAUAGACGCCAGCACAAAUAACCUACCCAAGGCUCACACAUGUUUCAAUCGGCUAGAUAUACCGCCCUACGAAUCCUACGAGAAGUUUCUGGACAAACUCACGUGUGCCAUUGAGGAGACGUGUGGAUUCACAGUAGAGUAGAGGGUUCCCCCCCGAGUCACCAAUUUAGGGCGAGAAGUACCUGCCACUCCCAGUGACUUGAGUCGAGGCCGACCAGUGUUGGAUCAUGUGCUGGUUUAGGGGGGUUUACAAGAAGGAAUCCAGGUUAUAUUGCUGACGAUUCUUCUCCGCAUUUUCGGCAGAAAGUUUGAGUCGCUCAUAUAAAGGUUUUGCGGUAUUCGCAGCGAGCGAGGCUGGAAAUAUGAGUGUGCUGCCCGAGGGCAACGGUUUCAGCCCGCCUGGCUUGAGGUCGAGUGAAAAGUAAUCCCUCGCCUCGUUCCCUUCUUUUCAAAAUGAGAUCCUAGAAAAUUGGUUUCUCCGAAUAUACAACAUUCACUGAGCUGAAACUGCAUCAGGUUAGUUGUUCAGCACCCUCCUUUAGAUUUUGAGCAGUUGUGUUGCUUCAAACGAACAUAAUGCACAAAUGACAAAUGAUGGACGCUACCUUAAAGAGCAGGGGUUACAAAAUUGGAGAUAGGGUCCAGAAUGUCGGAGAGAUUUAAAUUGAACACCAGCCAGUAACAUGGUAGUUAGACCGGACUAAAAACUGGUUAAGCCGGGACUGAAUCACUUGGCUACGGCU